CUUAAGAGAUUUAAUUUUGAAGUUAUCUUUUCAUAUACGUUUUAUUUGGAUUAUUAUAGUUUUACCUGCCAUUUCGUUAAUUUUCUAAGCCAGGUUGAGGUGUUAGAAGUAGAUGUAUCUUUCUUUUAAUUUUCCAAUACUUCGAAAACUUCUGCUUGUGAUUUUAUUAAAUUAAAAUGAGUGACGAUUAUUUAGACGGUAGCAGCGAACAUACUUCGGACGGUGAUACAGCAGUUACUGAAGGAGAAGAUUCGUGCAAAGUUCUUGUCAUUCCAGAAAAAGCCAGUUCGUUUAGUAUCCAUCCAGGACGCCUAUGCAAGGAUGAAUGUUCAUACUGUUUUGGAAAGUUUGGUCUGUUCGAUACUCCCUGUCAUAUAGCUCAGAUGAAAUCAGUUGAAAGACAGGAUCGAAUUUUAGCAACUGAAAAACACUUAACAAGAGAUUCGUGUUUGUGUGAUGCUUGUUAUCGGCACGUUGAUCGUAAAUCAAACACUCCUUCGUAUACCAACAAAUUAAGUAAAAGAAGCAGCAUUGUUGCUCCUGGACCUCGACAAAACUAUUGCCAUGUGCUUGGGUGUACAACAAUUGCAUCAAACAUCCUUCGACGAAAGUGGAUCAUCAAAAUGCGCAAAAACGUUUGUCAAGUGAUCAAUAUAGAUCUCGAUAAUCCGGGCCUUCAUUCAAUCCCUAUUUGUGAAGAGCACUUUGCAGCUUUAGAACAUUUAAUGGUAUGUGCAAUGUGUAAAAGAAGAUUAGCAAGAAACCAUAUACAUUACCUUGGACCUGAAGUAAAUGAUCUCAAUGAUGCGUUGAUGUCUGAGGGGGUUCCUAUCAAGCUAUCUGACAAACCAAUAGUCUGUAAAUUGUGUCGAUAUUUCGCCACUCUGAUAUUGAAACCUACAGAUGAUAGACCAGAAAAUAGCAUUGAUUUCUUUAAAGACUAUAAAAGGAGAUUAUUACAUUUUAAUGAUUUGGAAGUAAUGGAUGGAGCAGCUGCUGAAGAACCCAUAGCUGUCCCAACAAAAGAAAAAGAUCAGUUGAAGAAGAAGAAAAGAGUACAUAAGAAUCAAACCGUUGUCGGUCCACAGCAACUUGAACACAAUUUAGAAACUGAAAAACACGAUCUAAUGCGUAUACCUUCAGAAUCGACGUCUAGUUCUAAUGAUAAAUCGAGAUCUGAAUCGCCAACCGAGUAUAUGGUGGAUUACAACACUUUGGUACCUAGCAUUGCCAUGGAGUGUGGAAGCGAUAUAGAAAUACCAAGGAAAGAUUCAGUUCCAAAAAACCAAGUCAGCUCGAAAAGAGUUCCGCGACCAGAAUCGAUAAAAGAGGCUGUUGAAAUAUCCAAGAAUAUGAAGUUAAGUUCUUCAAAUGUUUGCAUCAAAACAGUUGGUAUAAACGCUGUGCAAAGAUUAGGCACGAAUCCUUCCAUUUCUGUGCGUCAGUUAUUCCCUGGGGAAGAAGAACUUGGUUUACAAGCUAACAUUGAGUUCAAUAAUGUAAAAGAAAGGACUCCCGAAGGAUGGGAGAAGUGCAUUUCGACGAUUCAGUACGAUUUAGAAACGAAACAAUUGUGGCAGGACCUGCAGAAACCAUAUGGAAACCUUAGCAGUUUCCUCAGACAUCUCAUACUUCUUGAGAAAUAUUAUAGAAAUGGUGACCUUGUGCUAUCUGCAAACGCAACAAGUCAUUCCAUUAAUUACAGUGAAUCAGUGCAAAAUAGAUUAAGGGCUUAUGACAACAUACCAACCAAUACUUCAAUGUUGAUCAAUAUUAAACGAAGUAGUAGCGGCAUAAUAACGACCAAAGAACAACCACAAACUAUCACGCAUACAAUCAAUGCCGCAAACAUACCUAAAAACAUCCCAAUUACCUUGUCGCAAAUAACGAGUCUUUCUACGUCCAUCCCCACCGCUGUACCAACAACUGCUGCAUUAGCAUCUACAAAACAAAGAAAUCCUGGUUUACCUCCAGGCCUAAUUUCAUUACAUCCGGGAACAACCAAACCAGUAGCACCUCUUGUUAAAGUGCCUCAGACUCAGAAAAUCAAGAUUCCGCUCACCAAAAAUUGGCGACCUAAUCUUAUUCCCAUUGAUCCAAAUAAAAAGCCAGAGAAAGAUAAAAAAAUAGAGUAUGUAAAGGUCAUAUCGGGUGGCAAGCCUUACCAUAUCACCCUUGAAGACUACCACAGAAUAUGUGCUAUUAAGCGGAGUUGUGAUUUAAAACAGAAGAGACUCCAAGAAGCCGCGAAAGUAGGUAAUCAAGGUGGAAACUCGGUUCUGAAACAGGUUUACACUACAAUCCGAAAAACCGCGUCCAUCUCCAAAUCAUCCAAAAAUGAACCUCUACCCCCUGAUGGUCACGAAGUUGAGAACAGCUUGAAGAAGCUUGAUGAAACUGUGGAAAAAUUGGAAUCGAAACUGUCAGAACCGAAAUCGGCGAUGGUCCUUCCAAAAAUUCCGAAAUCGCUGACAGUUAUACCACAAACGGUGUCCCGUAAGUCUUCGAGCCCAAUAACACAGGUAACACAAAAAAACAAAAAUGUUCCGUCAAGGACAUCCUCAUGAUCGCUCUGAACAGAACGCCCUUGAAGUGCCUCCUCGUCCCUCGUAUACGUAGAUAGACCGUUAAAAAAAGGAAAAUUAUUCUUAGCCACUUGGUGGUUUGUUGUAGAAAAUGUGUAAAAGUAAUUUGUUGAUCCGGUGUUGUUUUGGGUGAAAAUAAUACCGUGCGUAUUAUCGAAAUGUUACUAUGGAAAUUAUAAAAAAAAUAUUUUUUUAAAGAGAACGAUGGUAUACUAUACGAUAUUGUGUAAAUAAUGUAUUUAUAAUGUUAAACGAUUUUUAGUGUUUCUCUUUUGAGGAUGAAGCGAUUUUAUAGCGGAACGAAAUAAAAAUUUUUUGUUUAGAUAAAUCGCGUAUAGAAUGGCUAACAGUUACCUAACAGCUUUUAUUACGAAUUUGAAUUACAUACGGAUAUUGUUUGACUUAUUUCAAUUUUUUAAAAUAACCUUUUUUUUAUUAUUGUUAUUAUUAAGUUACCUAUCAGCAAUAUUCACUAAGUUUUACGUAGUAUUAUUUAUAUUGUACAAUUGCUUAUACUAAUUUUUUGAGUGAUGAAGGCUGUAAGGUAAUAGCACCUAAACCUGCAUUCGGGGUACAUUUUAAAUUUAUUUUCUUUUUUUACAUUUUUUUUAAAGCUUGUCUAUUGCGCCAUUUUUUUAUCUUAAUGAAUUAUUAGAUCUACAAAGUGAAAUUUCUCAGUUUUUUAUAAUUACUAUUCAUCUUUCGUAAACAUAUUGACGUCAAAAGUUACAUAAUUUAUUCAUUAUCAAAUUACUAUUGCUUACACAUAUUUUAAGGCUAACUCGAAACAAGAAUAAGUUUUUAUCCUUAAUAACAGUAAAAGCAUAUGAAAAAUUAUGUUCAACGCUGUUAAAAAUGUCUGGGGUGGCCCUUGGGAAUAUGCCCACUUCAGAUAAUGCUAUGCUACUAAAGCGAAUACAAAUAUUACAUUAUUAAUUUAUUUUUUGACCCAAUAAAUUUAUCUAUAUAAUAAAAAUUGGGUGCUGAGUGAACUAGAAAUUAAUAGCUAAAUACAUAUAUAUAAAA